AUUUUGAACCGUUUUCAUUUUAUACGGUUCUUACGCUGAACCGGAAGUGUGUAUUGCGCGUGCUCCCUCACACACACAGACAUCAUGGCGGACGUACUGGAUCUUCACGAAGCGGGAGGCGAGGACUUUCCUAUGGAUGAAGAUGGCGACGAAAGCAUUCACAAGCUGAAAGAAAAAGCCAAGAAGAGGAAGGGACGUGGAUUUGGAUCUGAGGAAGGAGCGAGGUCCAGGGUUAGAGAAGAUUAUGAUACAGUCGAACAGGAUGGCGAUGAGCCUGGACCACAAAGAUCUGUCGAGGGCUGGAUCCUGUUUGUGACCGGCGUUCACGAAGAGGCAACUGAAGAAGACAUUCACGACAAAUUCGCAGAGUUUGGCGAGAUCAAGAAUCUGCACCUCAAUUUGGACAGAAGGACAGGUUACCUCAAGGGCUACGCUUUGGUAGAGUAUGAAACGUAUAAAGAAGCGCAGGCUGCCAUGGAGGGACUGAACGGUCAGGAGCUCAUGGGGCAGCCCAUCAGCGUGGACUGGGGCUUUGUCCGAGGGCCUCCCAAGAGCAAGAGAAGGGGAGGAAGAAGACGGAGCAGAAGUCCAGACAGAAGACGGCGCUGAAUUUAAAAAAAGAAAAGAAAUCUCCCCAGUCGACGUUCCUUCAUUGCUGUCGUGUGACCACCUCUACUGGGUUGUUUUAGAUUUUACUGCUUUCUGACUGUGUAGUUUUUUUCUGUACGUUCUCAGAACUAAACCUGGUCUGUGAUUUUUCUGGCCACUGUUUAAUAAAAAAGAAACUAGAAUGAGAUCACAGUAAAAAUCCGUGUUAUGAGGUCAUAACACUGACAGAUUCAUCGCUCUGAUGUCUGUCACAGUGCUAUGAUUGAGAUCAUUUCCCUCAAAAUAUUACGAUUAUUCUUGGUUUUUAUUUUUUUAAACAUUGGCACUAAUUUGCUUUGGUGAAACUCUGCACAUUCAUCUUUUCUCUUUUUGAAAGGCUUGUUCUAGUGAAAUUAUUCCUUUUUUGUUCCACUUUUACAUUUUUCAAGAAAGAACCGACGGGAUGUCAGAGCUCUGGACUGUAACACGUGAAGACGAUCACAGCAGUGUUUGUAAUAUUAAAAUCCUUUUUUUUUUUUUGUAUAGUGUCAGGUCUUUGGUUUUACUUUACAUUUUGUACCAAAAAUGGAAGUAACCGUUCCUUUAAAACUAAUUUGGGUUAUUCUUUAAUAUCCAGAAUUGCACCUGAAUUUUUUUUAAAGCUAACUGUUUCCAAUAAAUUUGUUUUGAGGAUAUGAAUCUGUCUGUUUUUUUUAUUUUGGAAUUUGUUGAUUUUGUAAGAUGAAUAAAAACUUAUGGGGAAAAUCUAA